UGCGUGAGGAGAGUCUCCGAGUUGCCGGCUUGUCGGUGUGUAGUGCCAGUUCUACGUACUCUUUCAGUAACUCAAAUAUGACAUUGAUUCAAAUUUUCUAAAUCAAAAACAUGUAAAUUUACGGUUUUUUACCUUUCUAGUAGAACUGUCUUUAGUGUGUACAAUAUUAUCCGAAAAUGCAAUAAAAGAAAUCAGUUUUUCGAGGCUGUUAAAGAUGAUCGUCACCAAACUCUUACUUUAGUUAACAUAAACACCAUACGGCAACUAGCACUCAGUGUCUCGGGGUAAUUUACGAAAUGCUGGUGUCACACAGUCCUCCCGUGUUCAGUCACAGCCCUCCAACAGGCUUCCUCUCCGAGUACUCUUCUUUUCGACUGAAUUCAGACCAUUUUCCACGAAUUUGUCGCUCCAGUACUCAAGCAUCACUACCAAUCUCUAAAAAGAUAUUUUCGAGAAUGCCGGCGUCUCCCAAAAGGCCGUGCUUAGUUAUACGCCCUGAUGAGAAUUCCGUAUCCAGCGAUGAAGAUCCUGUAAGUCCUACUCGUAUGAAGAAAAAGGUGGUAUUCGCCGACGACAAAGGCAUGUCAUUAACGCACGUGCGUGUUAUGACUGAACCUUCAAAUGUGCCACCUCUGUGGAGCUACAGAUUCUUAGCAGAAGUAACUCAAGGGCUAUCUGCCGAACCGGAAGCUCAAGAUGAACCAUGGGAGAUAACUUUUCCACAACCAGCUUCAGAUUAUGUGGAUUUUCGCAAAAGACUGGAAACGAAAAAGGUUUCACUUGAAAACGUUAUAAUCAAAGAGACUGAAGAAACUGUCGUCGGAACAGUAAAAGUUAGCAACCUUUCGUUCAAAAAAGAGGUUGUGGUUCGAGUAUCUUUUGAUAAUUGGGACACUUACGAAGAUAUUUUUUGUAACUUUGUACCGAGUUCAUCUACAUCUUCUGGGAGUUCGGCAUAUGUACUGUACGACACUUUUUCAUUCAAGAUACCACUACGAUUACGAACAAACAAAAUAGAAUUUUGUAUUUGUUUUCAAUGUGAAGGGACUGAAUACUGGGACAAUAAUAAUAGUAGCAAUUACAUAAUUAUGAAGAAAACAAGUAUGCCGUCCAUGCACAAAUCCUUCUCAGCUGAUGAUAUUUACAAUAAGGACAAAGUGGUUGCUCCUUCUUUGACGUCGACACCGAAGUGUGCUGAUGCAGUGCAAGCUAAAUUAGAUUCCUGGUCGGAAUUUGCUAGCUGGAACCAUUUAGAAAAUUCUAGCCCUUAUUGGUGAAUGUUGUCAUGUGUCUUGAAGAUAACAAUUUUACGACUGAAUACAAGAAUCGCAUGGUGUCCGUGAAUUCACAGUUGCCAAACGAAGCGAUCUUAGGGAGAAUUUAACGACUGGAUACUUCUAGAAUAGUCAUUCUCUGCUAUCGAUCUGUGCAAAUUUGUUCCUGUUUUGUUUAAUUUUAGUUACAGCGGAAGAUAGAAGUUAGUCUUUGACUGGAUCUGUGAUAUGAACUUACAAAUUUUGGAUAAACAGUUUUAAAUGAUUACAAGUGCCAAACCGCGUAGCUGUGCCUUUAGUGUCAGUUAUUAGAAGAUAUUUUGUAUUACACAAAGUAUCUACUGCGAGAAAAGACUGAUUAUAAACGUUGCAUGGCUGUCUACAUUUUUUUUUCUUUUUGUAAUAAAUUAUUAUAUACUUAAUAAGUGAUGAAAUCCACCUGGACGAAUCACAUUAGUUUUACCCGUACUUUUGGUUUGAUAUUAUCUUUGUUUUUUAUGUUUUAAAAUAUGGUGUUUUGCAGUACAUAAAUGUAUUUUUAUAGCGUAAUAUGUUACUAUGUAUAUGGUUUUAAUGUUUUCUCUAGGUACAUAUGUUGUCUUUUUUAAUUGUGUAUUAUUUUUUUUCUUUGUAACUUAAGACACUACUACACAUUGUUAUAAUAGAAUGGAAGUGUUGUACGUUAUGUAUGUAGAUAUUACCAUCUCACUGAGUUUUUCUUUCAUAUUGUGGAGAUCUUGUUAAUAAAGGUGUUGACAUUACAUAUACAUAACAUUCUUUUUUAUUUUUUCUAGAUUUUGUUUAUGUGACAUAUGCUCCCACGUGACUGGUACCAUGUAUAACUUGCAGCAUUUGAUUUCACCUUCUUCUAGAUAUCUGUCAUCCAAAAAUGUACCUACGUUUUAAUGUAUAAGUUUGCGAUGAUAUUGUUAGGUUGAUCGAUAAUAAUUAAAAUCGGCGUGGGUAAAA